UUGUUAAAAUAAGCAUCUUUCAAAACUAGCUCAUAUUUUGAUUGUUAUAUAGGAAAGUAAGAAGAUACUAGAGUACUGCUUUAUUAUUGUAUUGUCCAAUUACAUUAUCAAAUGCAUAAAAGUGUUACUGUUGGUUUGCUCUACCCCUUGUCAAACAGUUUCAAUAGGCCUACGAGCUACGAGUAGUACGAAUAUUGUUUUGAGAUGCACCAAGUAUAUUGAACAGACCUUCUAUGUUAAUUAAAGAAAAUAUCUUUGCGUUUAACAUUGGAAGAUGAAUAUACUAUAACCAGUAAAUAAUAUAUAUAUUUUAACAAAAGACUGCAUAAUUCAGUUUUUUAACGUUAUAGAUUUUCAUUAGACGAAUUUAGACUUGGAAGUUGGAGCAAGAAUAGGAUAUCUUUUGAGUUAGUUAAAUCAGUUGUAACACAUUUAGCUUUCAAAUGAUGGCUGUACAUUCAGUUGGUGCUCCAAAGCGGAAAGAAAUAUACAAAUAUGAGGCUCCGUGGACGGUAUAUAGCAUGAACUGGAGUGUUCGCCCUGACCGACGUUUUCGGCUUGCUCUUGGAAGUUUUAUUGAAGAAUAUAAUAAUAAGGUCCAGAUAGUUUCUCUUGAUGAGGACACUUCAGAAUUCACAGCCAAGAGUACAUUUGAUCAUCCCUAUCCAACUACUAAAAUAAUGUGGAUUCCUGAUGGUAAAGGAAUUUAUCCAGAUCUUCUUGCAACCAGUGGUGAUUACCUGAGAGUAUGGAGAGCUGGGGAUUCUGAGACAAGACUUGAAUGUUUGUUGAACAAUAAUAAAAACUCAGAUUUUUGUGCACCUCUAACCUCAUUUGAUUGGAAUGAAGUUGACCCAAAUCUUCUGGGAACAUCUAGCAUUGAUACCACAUGUACAAUUUGGGGUUUGGAGACGGGCCAGGUUUUAGGACGUGUGAAUGUAGUAUCUGGUCAUGUUAAAACCCAGUUGAUUGCCCACGAUAAAGAAGUAUACGACUUGGCAUUUAGUCGAGCUGGUGGAGGUCGAGACAUGUUUGCAAGUGUUGGUGCUGAUGGUUCUGUUAGGAUGUUUGAUUUGAGACAUUUAGAGCAUUCAACUAUAAUAUAUGAAGAUGGACAACACCAUCCACUUCUAAGACUAGCUUGGAACAAACAAGAUCCCAAUUAUUUGGCAACAUUUGCUAUGGAUGCAUGUGAGGUAAUUAUCUUGGAUGUUCGUGUGCCAUGCACCCCAGUAGCUAGAUUGAAUAACCAUAGAGCUUGUGUCAAUGGAAUUGCCUGGGCUCCUCAUUCAUCAUGCCAUGUAUGCACUGCAGCUGAUGACCAUCAGGCUCUGAUCUGGGACAUCCAGCAGAUGCCAAGAGCUAUUGAGGAUCCUAUAUUAGCAUACACAGCAGAAGGAGAAAUCAACCAGAUCCAAUGGGCAUCUACUCAACCAGACUGGAUUGCAAUCUGUUAUAAUAACUGUUUGGAAAUCUUAAGAGUUUAAACAUUUUGCAAUCAGAAGGAUUUUGUUCAGGACAUUUUAAUGGUGGGUGGGAACAUAAUCAUUAUCAUAUUUAAUUGUAACUUUUCUAAUGAGAUUAAAAUCUCAUACCAGCCUUGUCUGUUUCUUUCAUGUUAAUCUUCUCAUCUUAACACAUAUUCAGAGUUAGAAAAUACAUUUUGAAAUGAAGUUGCCGAAAAGUGAGAAACAUUGAAGCAGUUUUUAAUAUCCGACAGAAGGUGGGUUUAUAUUAAAUAGUUUUGAAAACAUCCAUUUUUUUAUUGUUAUAUUAACUUCUGUUAAAAUUAAUUUUUUUAUGUCAGAUCUUUCCAAUUUUCUCUUGAUGGAUUCUUAAAUUUUCUCAUGUCAUCUUGUCUUAUUUAUCAUAAAAGUUUUGUAAAUUUUUCAUGGCUGUUACAUUUUUUGAUUAUAAGUACAGUUAGAAUGUUUAUCCAAAUUAAAUGUCUUGAUUAAAAAAAAGAUUCAGGUUACAUUGUUAUUUACUAGAUACACCUGUAUCAAUGCGGUUAUAUUAAAUAAUGGUUUUUACUGUAGGCAUAAGUUUUGAAUAUUUAAGCUUUUUAGGAAUUGUACAUCUUUUUAAUUAAUAAGCAAGAAUGAAAUAAAAUGCACGCUGUACUAUAAUGUAAUACUUUAUUAAGUUCAUAAUGUACAUUUGAAAAUUAAAAACUGAAUUUUGGAUAUUUUUGGUAAAUAGGAAAAAAGAUUUUUCCAAAGUAUAUGAUUUGUUUUUUUUUAUUCAAGUCCAUAAAUUUUGAGUUAUACUGGUGUCAUCCAGUGUAAAGAAGACAGAAAAUUUGUUGUCUAGUACAGAAGUUCUCAAGCUAUGGUAACCCGAGGACCCUUUUUAAUUUAAAAUUUUUGUGGACCCCCAAACCUAUCAUUGUUUUUUGUUUUGAAAAAAAAAAGAUUAUGUGCACAUGAAAAACUGUAUUCCAAAAU